AUGAAAUUUGAGAGUGCCUCUACAGCGCUGUGGUAACUGGUGUGGAUUUAAAACCUCUGCUUGUAAUUCAGGUUUUGUCUUGAAUUGAAAUCGUCUGACAGUGAAUCCUCACAUAUAGACAGAGAGAAGAUUCAUGAGAAUUGUGCUCGCGGUGAUAGACUAUCUCUCAACGUCCGUUUACACGAUCUUUACGUCUGCGUUUCAUCAGAAACGUGAUUCUGGAGAAUGUAGGAUUCGAGGAGUUACACUUUCUGUACGGCACAAUGGUGCUGACAGAGAACAUAAGGCUUGACUUACCAAGUCUAAAUUUCUUGAAGCCCCAAGCAUGAGCCUGAAGAGCUGCUGGCUGGAAAAUUGCACAUCCCUUCCCUCCCCCAUUAACUUUUACCUAAGCUACAUUCUUUCACCGUGACCCUUUCUGGAAAGCAUUCACUCUGUCUUUCCAAGAUCCCUCCUGACCCUUUUCCCCCUUCUGUUUGACCAAUUUUUGCCUCAUUCUGCUUUUUAUAACCGCAUUCUUCCCUAACUAUAAGUCAUGAGAAAACAAACAUGCAACAUUCUCCUGAUCUGCGUGGUCAUCAGCUCCGUCACAGUAUUUUAUCUUGGCCUCAGCAUGAUAGAUUGUCCACAUGCCCGUUCUCGCGUGGCACAGCACAGGUGGGCAGUAAACCCACACUCCGGCAGAAACCUCAGUGACCCGUUACAACUCCCUGAGGAGUACAAUGAGGAAACCCCUCUCAUUUUCAUUGGUGGAGUCCCUCGGAGCGGCACCACACUAAUGCGUGCUAUGUUGGACGCCCACCCUCUUGUUCGGUGCGGAGAGGAGACGCGGGUCAUCCCCCGGCUGUUAGCCAUGCAGGCCACCUGGAGUCACUCGGCACGUGAGCGGCUCCGUCUCAACGAGGCUGGCGUCACCGACGAGGUCCUGGACUCCGCCAUACGUGCCUUCCUGCUGGAGAUCAUAGUGGGGCACGGCGAGCCCGCUCCGAGGCUCUGCAAUAAGGACCCCUUUGCUCUGAAGUCCCUCUCCUACCUCUCCAAGCUCUUCCCAAAAGCCAAGUUUAUUCUUAUGCUUCGCGAUGGCAGGGCCACUGUACACUCUAUGAUUUCCCGCAAGGUGACUAUCACUGGAUUCGACUUGACGAGUUACCGGGACUGUUUGGUCAAGUGGAACCGGGCAGUGGAGGUGAUGUAUGACCAGUGCCUGGCUGCAACUGAUGGCAACUGUCUGCCCUUGCACUACGAGCAGCUGGUGCUGAACCCUGAGCGGGUGAUGCGCAAGCUCCUUCAGUUCCUGGAUCUUCCAUGGGACACCGCUGUGCUGCACCACGAGCUGUUUAUUGGGAAAGCUGGAGGAGUUUCACUGUCAAAAGUGGAACUGUCAACUGAUCAAGUCGUCAAGCCAGUGAAUAAGGAUGCUCUGUUUAAUUGGGUGGGCAAGAUCCCUGCUGAUGUGGUGAAUGAUAUGGCCAGCCUUGCCCCGAUGUUAAGUCGUUUAGGUUAUGACCCCCUGGCCAACCCGCCAAAUUACAACAAGCCUGAUCUCUUAUUUUUGAACAACACAAAAUUAUUUGUGAAGUCAAUCCAAAAUUAAAAGGUCCUCUGUGGAUAUAACCUGUGAAUACUUGGAAGCAAUAAACAUUGUGCAUUUUAUGAGCACGCAAAGCCUCUACUUGAAUUAACAUGUAGGAUGAUAAAACGGAGCUGCAAGCACCUCUGUUUCUUAUGGCGAGAGUUUCAUAAAGUGAUCAAAUGUGCUAAAACCAAGUUUUAACGAUGUAUUGUAAGUUCUCAAUUAAAUUUGUCAUCAUCAAUUUAGAUGUUUUGUAGAUGCUAUGCUGUUGCUAAUGUUGUCAGUGUAAUGACUGCAUUGUGGUUGUUGUCUUUUUAUUAUUUUUGUUAAUGCAUGCAUGUCGUGGCAAAUGUUUUCCAAAUGUGUCUGAAUUUCACACAGGAAACGAAGCUUGAUGAAAGAGGAAGUCAAUAGUUGCAAAGAAAUACCACUUUUUGGUUUGUUCUCUUUGACUGCAGAAGUAUAAAGGAAGUUUUAAAAAUGUUUCACAUGCUUUAAAUAUGGUUUUGCUGUAGGCUUUUUAUUAUGAACAUAUGAAUUGCCUAUUUGACAAAUGUGUUCCAAAUAUGCAAGUGUGGGUAUCUGCAGGUCAGAGUAAUGCUUGUGCGGAAAGGUAGGAGAAUUCUUUACAAUUAGUUUGAUGGGAUUAUUUGUUGGCCAAGGGUUGAAGAACUUCGGACAUGAUGUCUGCUGUGGAUGAAUUCUCAGUCCUCAACAGUCCUUCACAAUAAAUGUUCAGUUAACAUGA